AUGAGGAUUGAGAAGUGCUGGUUCUGCUCCAGCAGCAUCUAUCCUGGCCAUGGCAUCAUGUUUGUGCGAAACGACUGCAAGACCUUCCGUUUCUGCCGCUCAAAGUGCCACAAGCACUUCAAGAUGAAGCACAACCCUCGAAAGCUAAAGUGGACAAAGGCAUACCGUCGCGCACGUGGGAAGGAGAUGGUUGUGGACUCCACCUUCAAUUUCGAGAAGAAGCGCCUCACCCCGACGAGGUAUAAUCGGAAUUUGAUGGUCAAGACGGUGCGGGCGAUGCAGAUUGUAGAGAGGAUUAGGUCUGUGCGGAAAGAGCGCUUCCACAAGGCUAGGCUGGCUGCUCAACUCAGGCAGCGGCAGAGCAGCGCGCAGAAGGAGAUUGCAAAGAGUGCCCACCUGUUGGAGGGGCCAAACAAAGAGAAGGCGUUGCGCUACCAGAAGGAAUUUGCCGGGUCGACGAAGGCAAAAGCCAGACAGAAGGUCAAGGUCGAGAAAGCUGCCAAAGCCGGCUCCAUGGAAGUCGAGGAGUAG